CUUUGCAGCGGCACACCGAGGCGAGUUGGACGAGUCGAAGGGGGCACUGGCAUUUGAACGCGAAUGCAUGCUGGGGAAACAUCCCUUCUCUCCUUUGUCGUUCCUCAAUUGACCUCCAAGAUGCUGUGAUUGAUAUUUGUUUUCUUCUCAGUACAUUCAUUCUAUUCUCGUCGCGUCUCUCGAUCGUCGGUUGAUGCUAGAACAACUACGCUUAAGCCGGUUUGUCCGCCCAACGCCAUCGUUGAAAAAAAACCCACCCGUAGCUAGCCGCCUACCGCCAAAUCAAGCCUCGGGGGGAACCUGAGCAAACCAAAAGUAAACAGCCAUAACAGCAGUCAUGGCUUUCCCCGGAUCACCGACGGCUACACUUAGCCCAUCAACCACUGCAUCAGACCCUUUCAACUUCCGGUCCUCGAUUUCAUCCCUCACAUCGACAAACACGUCGAGGAGGCAGUCGUCAAAUAUUUCCAAAACAUACCGGCAGGCGUCUACACUAUUCCUGACGCGUCGCUUACCCGAAGCUCUUUCAACCGUCCUUCCUCUUGUGACGCCGCCAGGCCAGGGAACCAGUGAAGAUGUGUUGGCCGAGCCUACACCGGUCGCAAAGGCGUCCCGGAACACCAGAGUCAAAGUAUGGAGUCUGUACCUGACCACCUUGAAUGCGAUUAUGGAGAUGGACCCGGAGGAGGGCAAGGCAUCAUUUGGAACAAAGGAAUGGAGGGCGAUCUGCAGCAAGGUUCGGGACGGUGAGAUUUGGGAGGAGGUUGUUCGCAAUGGCUACCACGGCAUCGAGGGAGACGUCGACUCUGACGUUGUAAUCAAUUUAGCCACACUACUCCUUGCCCACGCAAACAACCAAGGCCUCAAUCAGAAGCGCCUGGAGACGUACCUUGCAGCUUCCAACACGCCCAGCCUGGACCUGUACAGCAAGUUUCAGGACCCCAGCACCCCGCGCCAAAGGCCGCGCUCUCCCGUGAAGCCGCACCACGCUCCUACACCUUCCGGUGCCGACACGCCGCGCGACCUGAACGCACGGGUCAAAAUUCUCGAGCUGUACACUCUGCACGUCCUCAUACGGAACAAUGAAUGGGACUAUGCCCGCGAGUUCAUUAGCGUGAGUUCCGUGUUGGAUGACGAGCGUCGCGAGGCCUUCCUCAUGGCGCUGCAAAGCCUUCAGGAAGAACACGAGGCGCAAGAGGCCCACGAAAAGCAGGAGAGGCAAAAACAGGAGGAUCAACUGCGCAGAGAUCUGGAGGAGGCCAGGAGGCUCAGGGCCGAGAAUGAGGAGAGGGAGAGGAAGCGGCUCGAGGAAGAGAGGGUGCGCCGCGAAGGUAGCGAGGUUGACUAUGGCAUCGAGGAGACGCCCGGUCGCGUUGUGAGGAAUCCUCCUGGCGGGACUUCUAGAAAGUCAAAACCCCAAGGGAAGGAUAAACGUGCUGUGGCUGCACCCUCAUUUACGGCGCGUGCCGCCAUCGUCAUAUCGAACCUGAAGGGCCUGAUUGAGAGGAUGAGCGCAUCAAUACAGGCAAACCCAGGGCCUUUGUUGCGUAUGCUUGCAUUUAUUGUAAGCCUGCUGGUUAUAUUUGGACAGCAAAGGAUCAGGGAACGAGUAUCACGCAUCCUUGGGAAUUCUUGGUCCAAGGUUAAAGCCACAGCAGGCAUGGGAGUCAAGGCUAGCUAUAUUUGAUUUCACCGGUUUCUUUUGUCAUGGUUAUCACUGGAGAAUGCCACCUGUGUAAAUUAGUUGGGAUUGUUGGUGUUUUGGUGGACGAGUAUGAAUGAGGCCAUAAUGUCUAAAUGAAUGAAAAUGCCUUACGGAGGACGUUUACAUUCAACAUCUAUCCAUGGAUGGAAUCUGUUCAUACAUAAUCUACUACCAAUAUACAUACGAAAAAACAAGUAUGGUACAUGUUUGUUGGCUGAAGGCCAUCCGCCAAGAGGUCCAUCUUCUAAAUGAUGAAUGAGUUGAAC